AUGGAAAAUUUAGAAAACCACACUGGCACUACCAGACAGAUCACUGAAAAUCAUCCUCUAAGGAAUCGUAAUGGAGAAGUUUUGUUCAGAGUUGUUCCAACCUCUUGCACAUUUAUCAAUGGACUAGCUCCUUCCUACUCAACUAGGUACGAUGAGGAGGCACUUGGAGAUUUUAUUGAGAAAAGGCCAUUCAAAAGAGCCAUUGGAAGAAUUAAUGAUGUCCUCUUCCAAUUUUGGCCCUGCACAUUGUGAUAUUACGGGUUUGGAUUGGUUCUAGGUAUUCUUACUUGAGGAUUAUCUUGAAUUCUUCCAUAUAUUUGAAUCCGAGAAGCUAUGCAAGAAAUUGAAUAUGAAGUUAAGUGUCUGAAUGAAGAAAUUUUUGCUCCCAAAGGUCUUCUUCUAGAAUAUGAAGGAUGUUGUUAUCGAUCAUGUUUUAAAAUACAAGUGUUCCAAGGAGAUGAAAUGACCCUUUUGAGUAGGAAAGAUUUGCCUAAAGAGUCCUUCGCUAAAAAUGUAUAGAGCUUGCAUCUAUUUCGAGCCCUGCUGUGUUCAUA